AUGUUUACUUACGGCAGCUCGGAGGAUGGGAAGAAUGUUGCUGGUGAUGUAACGCAGCGGAAGUGGUCCGAGGAAAACGGGCUGCCAGGCGGACGUGGAGGUUGUUUGAUUAUAGAGAGCUGCCAGGUCAGGCAGGGCUUUAGCCGUGAUCACAAUCAUGAUGAUACUCUGGCUUAUCUGAAGCUUAAACCCUCGGGCUGCGGCGACCUCUGUGUUGGACUUUGGUUCUCCAUAGAGCGACUCAGAUACUGCGGCAAGAAGCACGACCUUGCUGCCGACCAUGAGUCCGGCCCGCCAGCCAACGCUGUGUAA